CAUUUAGACUCCAUCUCAUCCAUUCUAACCCCAGAAGAUCCAGCCGAUAUCCGGUAAAGGUGUGAUACAAUCCUACAAGUUGCACCUCUUUCCCCCUUAUUUCCUGUAAAUUCACUGAAGAGCCACAGCACAGCCCGCCCAUACUAAAUUCGGUGCUUACCUAUUUCUCACAGAGCCGGGGGCCUGACCUGAGUGUCCAGCACGGUAACGAGCUGCAGCUACACAUCAGCUGCUCAUACAAUUGUCAACCUUUUUGUCAUCCAGAGUCGCAGCUCUGCGCGCGUGGGCAUCAGCUCUCCCUUUUCCAACAUCUCAUUCGUAGCUUCCUACCAGCACAUUUCGACACCCCUUUUACUCCUUUUUCUUUCACUAUUAUAUCACGCGCCAAAAAAAGAAGCCCAUCGAGCUUCUCUUACACACUAACACCGUUUGGCUUUCGACCCCACUACACUGUACUGUAAGUAGCUGGAAGCACCUAGUGGCCGCUGUCUGGUUGCUGUGCAGCGCUGUCCCCAGCGCACUACAGCGCCUGCCUGGCUGUCGCAUUCGCCCGAUGGGUCGUUUUCGCUUAAGUCCUUCAUGUCAUGGCUGUCCGUCUCAUAUAACCAUUGCAAAAAUCGCUGGUUGCCCUGCUACACUUUGAGCACCUGAUUCUGAUUCUGUUGAGCUCUGUAUUACAAAAUACAAUACAUGCAUUCUUGCUUGGUUGCUUGCAUCUGAACAGCCUUACCUCCUUUCUAUCUCUCCCUUGAGCAACAUCCCUCCUGUCAUCAUCCAUUAUUCACCCUACCAAUACCUGUCUGACACGCCUGGAAUUAGACCCUCACUCAGCUGGAGACUAACCAACAUCACUUGCAUAUUAGUCCAGUCGGAGCGGAAUAUGAAAUAAGGAGACAGCAUUCACCGACGGUCUAUUGACUAAACACCAGCCAGUCGGCAUUCAUUUCACUGUCAGAGGUACACAGCUACAGUACAUCGAGCCCGUACGAAAGGAUCUGCCUUGAGCCAAGCCUCCCAGCCUCACGUCUCGUUCCCUCUCGCUCGCUCGCUCUCGGACCCUUCGGAUUGGACUUCAGAAGCUCGUUACCCCCGGUCUCCGCCACGCCCGCCCACUUCUCAGUGCUCACCCCCCCACGAGUCUCCGAGUCCGUCAGCCAAGGCCACACUCUCUCGUUUUGAUCGGGUCGGGGACUGGACUCCCACAAGUUGCGCGAGGCCGACCGCCCGCGCAAUCCGGUCUAUCUCGUUCAAAAUUCUUUAGGGACUGGUUGCCCAUCAAGUAUGGAAGAUGUCCGCCUCCAAUUCUUCGCCUGCUGUCCGGGGCGAACGUGGUUUGUAUAGACGACGCGAUUCUGCCCUUUCCAGCCUUCCCGAGUCUGAGCCUCAACGCCGCCAGAGCCUCGCUGCUCGUUCUGAUUCUCAGGGUGCUGGUGCUUCCCUGGACCUCCCAUCGAGCAGGCUCUCGACUACACAACCAUCUGUGUCAGGCUCUCAGAAUGCAAAAGAAACAAAGGACUGGAAACCUCCCUUCAAGUCGAGUUCUCCCAGUCCUCCCCCAAACGCUGGGCUUGACCCUUUGAGUACGGUAAGUAUUUGCGACUAGUUGACUCAAGGGCAACGAGGUAUACUUGGACCGCAACUAACAUGUGAUGUUUAGCAAAUCUACUUGCGUACCAACAGUAACACCGCGGAGCCUACCAUUGCACAACGAAUUCUAAACCAGGGUCGUUCCGACAGCCCUGCUGCAGACAACCUACAAAGACAAAGCUCCGAACUUAGCAAGUCGCCAAACACUACCCAGGAUUCUAGCAAGGAUCGGAGGAAAGGAGUUUCUUUCCUGAGUCGACUGGGAAUGCGCGGAAGUUGGAGGAAAGAUGAUGACAUGCAGGAAUCCGACUCCGAACUGGGUGAACUGCGAACCGAUGGCACCUACGCACGAGCUCUCACAUCCGUCAUCGGUGCAGGUGGAGGAUACAUACCUCUUCAUAAAGAACCUCCACGAUAUAUCCGAGUCAAGGCGCAUAACAAGAAGGAUAGAGACUAUAACCACCUAUUCCUCGCACAAGAACUUACCGCCUCAGAACACAAACAUACACACGGCCGAGCGGUAGCAACGGCAGUUGGAAGCAAGAUCCUUAGGGGUGGUGAUGCUAUCUGGGCAGCCGAAUUCAGCUUGGAUGGACGAUACUUGGCCGUCGCAGGAAAGGAUCAGAUCGUACGAGUGUUUGCUGUGAUAUCUACGCCGGAGGAACGCAAAGCACACGAGGAAGAGGAGGCACAAAAUGGUACUCAUGGCGAGAAGCUUAGUGCUCCUGUCUUCCGCACAAAGCCUGUGCGAGAAUUCAAGGAACACACUGGCGAGGUGCUUGCCUUAAGCUGGAGCAAGAACAACUUUUUGCUAUCCUCUUCCAUGGACAAGACCGUAAAGUUAUGGCAUAUGAGCAGGAGUGAUUGCUUGUGUACUUUUGUGCACAAGGAUCUGGUCACAUCGAUCGCCUUCCACCCUACAGACGAUCGAUUCUUUCUCGCAGGAUCACUGGAUGCGCAACUACGAUUAUGGAGCAUUCCGGACAAGAACGUCGCUUUCCAAGCACCUGUGGGUGAAUUCAUUACUGCGGUAGCAUUUUCCCCCGACGGAAAUAUUGCUAUAUGUGGUGUGCUGAGUGGUCUAUGUACUUUCUACGCUACCGAGGGCUUGAAGCUCAAGUACCAAAUUCAUGUCCGCUCAUCAAGGGGCAAAAAUGCCAAAGGAAGCAAAAUCACUGGCAUUCGAACUAUGACGAUACCGUCAGGACCCGAAGCUGGGACGGUCAAGGUCCUGGUUACUUCAAACGACUCUCGAGUUCGAGUGUAUAACCUAAACGAUAAAGUGAUCCAGGUUAAGUACAAGGGACUAGAAAACCAGUCAAGCCAAAUUAAUGCACGCUUCAGCGACGAUGGCAGCUAUAUUAUCUGCGGCAGCGAGGAUCGGAAGGCCUACAUCUGGAAGCUCGGUGGCCAAGACGAGAUCAAGGACAAGCAGCCAUACGAAACAUUCGAUGCUCACCCCGAGGUCGUCACCACGGCUUUGAUGGCUCCGUCAAAGAGUCGGCAGCUAUUGAGUGCUUCUGGGGAUCCUAUCUAUGACUUGUGCAACCCGCCACCCGUGAUGCUGCGAAGCCUCGAAGAAAGCACGCCAAGCCAUUCGGCUUUGUCAGACGAAGACCACGGCGACUCGCUUCACAGCAACAAAAAGCCCGAAGAAACACCAGCAUACAUCGAGCGCUCAAGGCAUCUGGACGGAAAUAUCAUCAUCACCACUGAUAGAACUGGAAAGAUCAAGGUUUUCAGACAGGACUGUGCCCAUAAGAAGCGCCAGCAAGGACUCUGGGAGUCAGGUUCUCGAUUGGGCAACCGUCUCUCUGGUGUCGGUAGGAGUGGCAGUGUCAUGACGAGAACGAGUGCGAGCAGUCGUGUGCAAUCGAGACGUGGAUCACUUAACAUUCCUGGUCCCAAUCCGAUCCAACUCCAGCAUGCUUCUGACAGAAUUAACAGCUGGCGUCAGGAUAUCGAUGGAGGAAGACCCAGCAUGAACAAUACACCAGCUCGAAGCGAGCGAUCUAUGUCUCCUACCAAACCGGGACAGUCACCGACCAACUCAGCGGCCAACCUGGCACCAGAAUCUCGAAGGAAGCCCUUACCGACGAGUCCGAUCAGCCGCCCAACUCCUACAAGUCCUACCGGCAGUGGUCUAUCUAACCGCACCACAGUCAGAGCUUCACAUGACCGGGAGAGAAACGGCAUCACAAGCCCACCAACCCCAAGUUUCAGCCUGAUCAGUGCCUCUGAUUCUGAGGGUGUUAACGACAAGGAGGGCAGUUUCUGGAAUUUGAGCAGAUGGAGAAGUUCACGUCAAAGCCUCCGCUACUCGUCGGCGUUGAACUCACCUACAAGCCCCAACGGAUCGCCAAACCCCGGUCAUAGUCGCUCUGGAAGCCAGUUUCUCAGCGUUAGAGAGAGAUCCUCGCCAAGAAUGAGUCUGGGUGUUGACGAGCUGAAGCCACCUCGCCAAGAUGUUGCAAACCGGCGCAGAUCAGCAGGACCAAGGUUGACAUCGAGGCUUUCGGUUCAAGGUGAUCAGAAGAAUGGUUUCGAGGAUCAAAUCGAAACACAUGAGGAAAUCACACCAAGUAAGAAACGAGUGGAUUCUGGCGUCGGCCGCAUUAGUGAUGAGUCGGCGGAUUCAGUUGUUCAAUCUUACUGAGAUACGACAUGGGAAUGAUAUAUCUCAGCAGCAUUUGUUGGAGUUGGCGUUUGUUUUGCUUAUAGGGGCUUGAUCGUAUACCACUUGGAAAGGCGUCUGAUAGGGUGUUUACACAUCGAACCCUGUACAAUAACUUACUUGACUUUUUCUUGUGUCAAAGAGGAUAGGGAAUCUUCCAGGGGGAGGUUCGAAAAGGGGGCUCAAGAGAAGAUUCCAGAGAAGUAAGAGGAGUUUGACGAUGGCAUGAGUUCUGGAAUCCUUAGCAUUGCGAGAUAUGAAGUCUCGGAUUACACGGCCAACAAUGAGCCACAGCGAACAUUUACUUGAUGUCACCGUACGUAUAUACAAUUUACCUCUAGAGGUAACAAAAAAAAAGAAUUACAAAUAUUUCACAAAGAGACAAGAAUUGCG